AUGGGAAAUUCACAAGAAAAUCAAAAAAUAAGGCCGAUUCCAUCAGGUCUUUGCAAAACUGAUUUUAUAUUCCAUCAAAUAUACCUUCAGAGCAAGUAUAGCUCGACCUGAACUCCCCCUCCCCUUCGACCCAACCACCUGACUGUUUCAGCUUGAACGAAAUUGUUAAUUCAAAUGGCAAGUCCCUCACUAAGGAUUUGACAAGUCAAAUUCAAUUUGUAGAUUUCAAUAAAGCUGAAACCGUCAAGGGAUGGGAGGGGAGGCUCUCAGGUCGAUCUAAAACCGUGCUCACGGUAUAAUAGGUCAAGGAGGCUUUGGAAGAGUAUGAGAGGUGACACACAAGAAAAGCAAAAAAUAUUUUGCAAUAAAAGAAAUGAACAAAGUUCGAAUAGUCAACAAGAAAAGUGUAUCUUCAGUAUUAAAUGAGCGCAAACUCCUAUAGUCUAUGACCUCUUUUAGGUUCCUUAAAUAAAAGACCCCAAAUAACAAUGUAUUUAAUUAAUAAUACAAUUUUUCCUAUAUAAAAUGGUAAAUUUAAAACUUAUUUUGAAUUUCAAUUUAUUUUUGGCCUAAUAGAAAAAUGGCUUUGCAAAAUAAUUUUUCUUUAGGUGUUAUUUUUUAUCGAAAAAAUCCAAAUAAAGACCCACACUAUAUCAAUUUUAAAGCAUCCUUUCAUUGUAAAUAUGCAAUAUGCGUUUCAGGAUCGUGAAAAUUUAUAUUUAGUCAUGGACCUUAUGACAGGAGGAGAUCUGAGGUUCCACUUAUGCAGAAAUCGCCGAUUUACCGAAGAGCAAACCCGCUUUUUUAUAGCCUGUAUCCUUACAGGAUUAGAAUACCUGCAUGUAAAUGGAAUCCUUCACAGAGACAUCAAGCCUGAAAAUCUUGUUUUUGACAAUAAAGGCUAUUUAAGAAUCACUGAUUUCGGAAUUGCAAAAAUUUUGGAGCCUCAAAACAGCAAAGAUACCUCAGGGACUCCUGGGUAUAUGGCUCCUGAGGUAAUGAAUAGACAAAAUCAUGGGAUUGGGGUAGAUUAUUAUGCCCUUGGAGUGAUUGCCUAUGAAUUUAUGACAGGAACCAGACCAUAUGUAGGAAGAAAUAGAAACGAGAUAAAGGAAAGAAUUAUUGCAAGCCAAGUUCAGCUUAAAAAAACUGAUGUCCCUAAAGGGUGGUCGAUUGAAGCUGCAGAUUUUAUAAAUAAAUUAAUCCAGAGGAAGCCAGAACAACGACUUGGUGCUAAUGGGCCUCAAGAACUGAAAAAUCAUGCUUGGCUUAGAGAUUUUCCUUGGAAAAAACUCCUAGAAAAAAAACUGGAGUCGCCAUUUAUCCCAAGUUUGAUGCACAAUUUUCAUCCAAUUCAAGCUAAGGAUUGGGGCAAGGACGUUGAUCCAGCAAUAAGGGAUGACUCAAUACAGCCCUUAUUUGUUGGGUAUAUUUUUGAUCCACAAAUUGCUAAUUUCAAGAAAGAUGAAACAACUCAGAGAGCUGAUCUGAAUUCCACUGCAAGAGUAAAAGAAUCUGUAUAA